AUAAUCCUCAACAACUGUCAACCAUCGUUUUUUGCUGAACAAAAAACGAAAGCAUCUGCAAACGGCUGCUGUUCUUCCACAGCUGAUCAUGUCCUUACCUGCCGCUCUUUCACCGCCGUCCCUCUAUUCCAUUCCUUAUUCUCAGCCGCCAUUACCAACCUCUCGGACCUCGAUUCUCUCCCAUUCCUUGCAAAUUUCUCACACCCUCCUCCGGGCUUCCAGAAGAACCUCCAAUUUCUCUCAGGGAGUUGAUCAUUUGGUGGACGAUCGGCGCAAUUGGAACCGCUCGAUUAGCUCCGAUUUCGACAUAAUCGGUGGCGAGGACGACGAGGACGACGAGGAUGAGGAAAAUGAGGAAGAGGAUAGAAGUUUGGAUCUAUUGGUCCGGUUUGUUGAGAAUGUUUUCAGGAAGGUCUCGAAGCGAGCCAGGAAGGCUGUGAGAUCGGUUCUUCCCCAAUCUAUCCCUACUAAACUGGUGGGAUUUUCUGUCAAUGGGGUACUAAUGCUAGCGUUUUUGUGGAUUUUGAAGGCAUUUCUUGAGGUGAUAUGCACCCUUGGAACUGCAGUGUUUGUGAGCAUACUUAUCAUUCGUGGAGUGUGGACUGGCAUCUUAUAUCUACAAGAUAUCCGCAGCCACAGAUUCGAUCGACUGGAUGAUGAUCAGCACCAUGCCUGGACUGGUGCACAACCUGCUUCCUGAAUUCCUCUCACUUAACUACUUAUACGUUAUAAGUGACAAGGUUAGUGAUGACACAUUAAAAAGAAAAAAGGAAGAUAAUUAGAAUAAAAUAGGCUUGGUUGCAUAGCCUUCAUACUUAUUUCAUGGUCAGUAAAUUCUUCUUUCUCUAAACUUCGUAUAAAAUUGUUUUAGUCCUUGCCAAAAGUUUUCAUUAGUAGUUAAAGGGGGUGGGUUUCGAAACGAAAUCGGAUUUUUGGAAAUGCCUUACGAAAAUAGCUGCAAGGACUACAACAACUUUCUAUGCAAAGUUUAGGGACUAAAAUAGUAAAACAUUUCGAAGUUUAAAGAUCAAAAUAAAAUAUGCAUGAAAGUUUGAAUAUCAUAGUCGAGUUUAAACAGCUGGAAUUCUGUUCUAUAUGAUUCAAUAUAAUGUUGUCCUUGUAGCUUUCUGUAAACUAUGAAAGAAUUUGUUCUUUUUCCUCAAAUAUUUAGAUCACGAGUAGAAACAGCAAGGGAGGGUAGCUUCUGAUGUAAUAUUAUGGGGCAGAUUUGGUGUAUUAUUUGGUUGUAAUGUUUUUUUUUUUUUUGUGCAAUGAAAUUGGAUUCGUA